GAGAAAAAAACCCAGGGGAUAAAACCUAAAAAACAUGAAGUCACUGCAAUUUCUUGCUGCUGAGAGCUUUGUCCAGAGCGGUCCAAGUGCUCUGGAGAACCUCAACUGUGUGUCUUUUAACCUCUACCCAAUUCUCUUCAAGGCCUGCUACCUCCAUGAGCAGGCAGACUUGCUGCAUGUUUUGGUCCAGGCAUGGCCUCUUCAUGUGCUUGACAUACAGAGGCUCCUGGGAGAAACAGUCGACUGUCAGAUGGACCUCACCUCCCGCACCUGCCGGCUUUGUCUGGAGGCGAUUCUAACUGGCUUAAAGGAUUAUGUGUUGUCUCCUCCAAGAACCUACGCCAAGAGCCUGCAUGUGGUGGACCUGACUGCCCUGAAGGAUAUCGAGCACCAGCCCUGCCCCUGCCAGUCAACCCUGGGCCGAUGGGGAAGAACCCAGCUCCUGACCCAAAUGUGCAACGAGACCAUGGUGGCCAUGCAAGCCAGCGAUGUGUCCCGAUCUCCCUUUGAAAUAUCUAUUGAUGUCCGUUUGAAUGGCUUCGUCACAGGCCGCAAUUAUGAGCUGGUGGCUCAGGCCUUCCUCCUCAAGCGCUACUGUCCACUGAAGCUUCGUUUUGUUAGUUUUCGGGCUGAUUCCCUCACUCUCAAGCAGCUGUUCUAUGUUCUUCGCCUAGCAGAACCUGAGUGCAUUUCAAAGCUUGAGGUAGUCCACAAUGUUCCCCUGGAGGCCCCACACUUGGAGGUGCUGCUGUCCAAGGUGGAAUUGCCCAAAUUACAGUCAUUGACCCUGCCGGCUGGGGCAUUGGAUGUUAGAAGGUUGGGCUCUGAUGAGAAUGAUGUGCUGUCCAUCAUCGGCAAUCUGCUGGCCCAACUGAGCAGCCUGACUGAGCUCUCUGUUGGUUUCUCCACUCUGACUGGACACCUACGCAGAUUGCUUAAUCCUCUCAACACUCCACUGCAGUGCUUGGAGUUGGCCAAUUGCUGCCUGAACCGUUUGGACAUGACGUAUCUGUCCAACAGCCUCCACAGUGAGUUCUUGGUUUGUCUGGACAUCAGCGGACAUGACAUCUUCAGCUCUUUCUCCUCCUGUUUCCACAGACUGCUAAGCCGCUCCUCAGCCACAUUGGUCAGCCUGGCCCUUGAAGAAUGUAACAUAGACGAUGAGGACAUGGACGCCUUCACUAAUGCUCUGGCUUGCUGUCAGGUGCUGGAAGAGCUCAAAUUCGUGGGAAACCCUCUGACCUCUGCAGCCCUGCGCAGGUUAUUCUCCAUGCUAUCUGCUGGAUUUCCUAAGUUAAAAUACAUAGAGGUACCUGUUCCCCGUGAGUGCUACUCUGAGGAUGUCACUUAUCCUCUUGAUGAUUCAGACCUACUGCUGUACAACAAGGAGUUGUUUCAGGAGGUCAGAGGCCAGCUGAUGGGGAUCCUGGAAGGAGCUGGUAGAGGAAGUGUGGAGGUGUGCACCCCACUCUCGGGGGCCUAUGACCCAGACCUUAAUGAAACCAGCAAUGAGCUGGGAGUGUCCAUGUUAAAAUCUUUUAACAAUGUCAUCGGGAAUUUUAUAGUUAGCGUAACUGACGUGAACAAUAGAAGAUCACAGGCUCGGGAAGAUAACUAAUGGGGUUGCCUGGAGUGAUCCAGUAAAUGGACUGACAGAAAAAGGUCAUGAUCUCAGAUUGUUUACACAAAUCUAUACAUUUGUGUAAAGCAGACCUGAAUCUUCAAACUUUGCAUAAAUGUUUUUGCUUUGUUGACAAUGAAUGACCCCUGCAGACCAUUUUUCUUUUAAAGUCCGUGUUCUUAGGCUAUACUAAAUGAGAUAUCUAUAUUUGAAUGUAGUGCUAGUACAGAAAGCUAGCACUGUCCCUAUGCAUGACUGAAGGCCAACACUGUGGAAAUAGAUCUAUUUACAUCAUAUACAGGGCUUCCAUUCCUGACGACAUUGUGUCUCAGAGGAUCUGUUUUUUUUCUCAGUGGUUCCUACAGUCUGUAAGGCAAACAGAUGUGCAGUGCAGAUAGAUGUAGCUAUUGAAGUGGUUAUGGUAGAUACUUCUUAUGUGUAUCUAUUGUAUAUGUUUGUUAUAACUAUAUUCUCCUUUCAAUUUUGUAUUAUGGAUUUGUAAAUGUCAAUAUUUGCAACAUAGGACAGAUCCAAAGUUAGCAAGUGUACUGUUUAUUUUGUCAUACUAAUAAGUCAAAUCUUCAAAUAGCCUACUAUCAUUACAUAAAAAGGGACACUUCCACAUCUUUCAAAAUGUACAAUUUUUUUAAUGAGCAGUUUUAUAUAGGUAAGAUCUCAUUUUAAAUAUUACACCAGGGGACAACCAUGCACCGACUGAAGACGAGGAUUAACAGCUUUAACUGGAAACCAUCUAUCUCUUCAUCCACUCCUCCCUUUCUUGUCUCUCACGGAUCACCUCCUCCAGAUAGGGUGUCAGGUAUCGGUCAUCCUAAAGCAAAAAAGAUAAAGAAACUAUGAAUCAGGAUAUAUCAAUAUCACAAAUCAUUCUAGACUAACAUUUUUUGGUGACUUUACAUAAAUAUCCUCCAAAGCCAAUUGUAUUGUUUCUUUUCUAUUUAAUAACACGACAACAGUUUUAGACUUGCAACUACAUACGUGUGAUUGGUGGUAAACAACGCAGUAUAAUAUGCCUUACAUUAAACCCCACAUCCACCCUGAACAAAAAACAAACAAACAUUUAAAUUA